AUGGACCCGCGCACCACCCGCCAGCACAGCUCCCCUCAAAAGCCUCGCUCUUCGCACCAUUACUCCUCUGAUACCGGUAGCCAACGGCAGCGGAGGAGCGGCCGCUCGAAAAGCAGGCAGAGGAGAGAGCAUUACAGUAUAGACGAAGAGCCAUCUGAAGAUCCCGGCACGGCAUCUACGACGUCCUCGCUCGACGAAUACGAAAUCCUACAUAACGCCGGUGGUGGGCUUUCUCGCCCUCGCGGCCAAUCCAGCAGCAGAAGGGGCACCUCCCACUCAGGUCAAUAUGUCUACCGAUUGAAGGACGUAAGAGUGAAAGUCCACUGCGGGGAUGAUGCGAGGUUCAUAAUGCUGACGCCUGAUGUGGCGUUUGCCGCCUUCGUGGACAAAGUGAGGGAGAAGCUUCACCUGAAGGGUGGGUUCAAGUGCAAGAUACAAGAUGAGGGCGACUUGAUCACUAUGGGGGAUGGAGAUGAUUGGGACAUGGCCAUGUCGAGUGUGAGGAAGGAAGCGAGGGCGGAAGGGGUGGAGAUGGGGAAGAUGGAGGUGUGGGUUAUCGACGUUGCAUAG